AUGUUGUCCCCUUUUACCUUUUAUCGGGUGACUCUCACCCUAGGAUGUCUUCUCGGCCUCCUCAACCCUUCAUAUGCCGCGCCAGGGGCCACCGUGGACAGCAAGGUGCUGAUCCUCGCACGAGACAGUUAUUCUGCGUCCACGGCUAGUUCAGGCCUGGAAGGCUAUGGCAUCCCGUUCGAGACUGUCCUUGUUCCCAAAGAGGGCAUCACCUUGCCCGGCUUGACGAGCUCGAGCACCGCCGGCCGCUACGGCGGCAUCAUCGUCAUGGGCGCCGUGUCCUAUAACUACGACGGCUCGUGGAAAAGCGCGUUGACCACGGCGCAGUGGGACGAGAUACACGAGUACCAGACAGAUUUCCACGUCCGCCUCGUUCGCACCGACGAGUAUCCUGGACCAAGCUUCGGUGCGUCGAUAGCUUCGGGCGGUGGCUGCUGUGCCAGCGGUGUUGAGCAGCUUAUCAGCUUCACCAACACCACGGCCUUCCCAACGGCGAACCUCAAAGCAAAUGCUGGCAUUACCACCGCAGGCCUCUACCACUACCCGGCCACCAUCACCGACCCCGAUACCACCUGGGAGAUUGCCAAGUUUGGUCCCGGCGGAGCGCAGACCGGGGACACAACCGCUGCUGUCAUCAACAACUUUGACGGCCGCGAGCAGCUGGUCUGGUUCACGAGCUGGGCGACCGACUGGUCCGCCACGUCCAACUACCUCCAGCACGCGCACAUCCACUGGAUGACCCGCGGUCUCUUCCUCGGCAAGCGCAAGAUCCACCUGAGCGCGCAGGUGGACGAUGUGCAGCUCUCGACGGGACUCUACCUGCCCGCGGGCCAAGAAUUCAAGUGCCGCAUCGGUGACCUCGAGGCUCACGUGGCCUGGCAGCAGGACAUCAACGGCCGUCUCCCCGCCGGCUCCGACUUUUGGCUCGAGAUGGGCCACAACGGCAAUGGCGACAUCAUCGCCGCCACGGACCCCGACGAUGAGUCGGACGAGAUCUGCAUCCCCGACUACGCCGUCAACUACGAAUCUCCCGAGGACACCCCCCUGGAGUUCAAGAAGGUCCCUGGCACGGGCGAGGACCUGUGGCCGCCCGAGUUUGAGGAGUACGGUUGGAGCAAGGAGUGCGCCGACCUCGACGACUUUGCCGCCUGGUGGCUGAACAAGGCCAACCUGAACGCCUUUGCGCACGUCUCGCACACCUUUUCCCAUCUCGAGCUCAACAACGCCACGUACCACGACGCCUCGCGCGAGAUUGCGUUCAACCAGGCGUGGAUGGCGCAGAUGGAGAUUGACCAGGCGACGCGGUUCUCUCCCAAGGGUCUCAUCCCGCCGGCCAUCACCGGUCUUCACAACGCCGACGUCCUCCAGGCGUGGGCGGACAAUGGUCUGCUGUACGCCAUGGGGGACAACACGCGUCCGGUCCUGCGCAGCGCCGACAGCGCGUUCCACCCGCGGCUCACCACUGUCGCGGGCAACGGCUACGCCGGUGUCGUCAUCGUGCCUCGCUACGCGACGACCAUUUACUACAACUGCGACACGGCGGCGUGCACGGUGCAGGAGUGGAUCGACACCUCGGCCGGCGCGGGCGACUUUGACGACCUCCUGCGUGACGCGCGCGCUACCAACACUCGCUACCUACUCGGUUUGCAGGCCGACCCCUACAUGUUCCACCAGGCCAACUUGCGCCAGACGGACAUGCCCAGCAUCACCGUCGGCAGCGAGACGGGCAAGAUGUCCAUUCUCAUGGCGUGGGUCGAGACCGUUGCCCAGGAGAUGGUCCGCCUGACCGACUGGCCCAUCACGUCGCUCAAGCACGACGCCAUUGGCGACUACUUUAUGGACAGGAUGACACUCGACGGGUGCGACCCCCAGCUGUCCUAUGCGUACUCGGCCGAUGGGAGUGCGAUUGAGUCGGUCACCGUGAGCACGGAUGGGAACAGCUGCGCUGUGCCUGUGCCUGUGACGAUCCCCGGGGGGCAGGCUUCGGCCAGCGGAGGUCAGGUAUCUGCUGACCAGGUUGGCAGUGAGCCGACGAUUUACUGGGUGACCAUGGACGGCUCGCCCGUGACCCUGUCCUUGAGCGAGGCGGUCAAUUUCUGA